AUGCCCUUCACUCACUCCCACACCCUCCGCCGAAGCCCUCCACGCUUCCUACCCCACCCUUCACAAAAGCGCACCUUCCUCGGCCUCCAACGCACCCCUGCCCCUUCCUCACGUAUCAUGGGCGCGCUCGUAGCGCAAGGACUAUUCGUAGUACUUCUCGCAGACUACGGCUUCGCGACUCUUACGAAUCAGCCCACAACAGUGAGGGCUAUCGCGCAGAGUGCGGGUUUCUGGAAGGAGAGGCAGUUGGGGGAUGUGCAUGGGGAGUAG